AAAUCAUAGUAUACAAAAAGAUUCUGUUAAAAGAUACAAGAAAUUUGUUUAGGAAAGAAACUGAAGGAAACAAGAAACUGAGAAGAUGUAUACUAUCUUUUUCCAGUUCCAAUUUCCACAACCCGUAAUCCCUUAAACCAAGUUCAAACUCAAGGCAACUUCUUCUGGCUCUUAUGAUUCUGAGAAGGACAUUUCCAUUUACCCUCACAACCUCUCCUUAUUACACUUCUGCCACUCUCUCCCUCCUUCAUCUCCUUCAACUCUCCAUCGACUUUCGAUCUCAAAAACUCGCCCAACAAUCUCACGCUCAAAUCCUCGUCAAUGGCUUCGCGCACAACCCUUUCCUCGCCACCAGGCUCGUCUCUGCUUACGCCACGUGUGGCCACUUAACCCUGUCAAGGUUCGUCUUUGACUCCGUCGAGUCCAAAAACGUCUACCUCUGGAACUCACUCAUUAAUGGGUACGUUAAAAAUCACGACUUUCGCCAAGCCCUUGCUUUGUCCCGUGAAAUGGGUCGCGAUGGUGUGUUGCCUGAUGAUUACACUAUGGCAACGAUUUUCAAACUUUCUGGGGAACUCAAGGACUUGGCUUCCGGGAAAUUGAUUCAUGGGAAGGGUAUAAGGAUUGGGUUUGUGUCGGAUGUUGUUGUUGCCAAUUCUCUGAUGGCAAUGUAUUGCCGGUGUGGGGAGUUUGAUGAUGCAGUGAAGGUGUUCGACGAAAUGCCUCAGAGGAAUGUGGGUUCGUUCAAUGUUGUAAUUUCUGGAUGUGCCGCCUUGGGGAAUUGUGUUUCUGUUUCCCGUGAUGAUUUAUGGAACUUUUUUGUGAGAAUGCAGUGUGAGGGGUUUAAGGCUGAUGCUUUUACAGUUGCGAGUUUGUUGCCUUUGUGUUGUGGCGAUACGGGGAAGUGGGGUUAUGGGAGGGAGCUUCACUGUUAUGUUGUGAAGAAUGGGUUGGAUUUGAAGAUGGGUUCAGAUGUGCAUAUGGGGUCUUCUUUGAUUGAUAUGUAUUGCAGGAGUAAGAAAGUUGUUAUUGGGAGGAGGGUGUUUGACCAAAUGGAAAACAGAAAUGUAUAUGUUUGGACGGCCAUGAUCAACGGUUAUGUACAGAAUGGAGCACCUGAGGAUGCAUUGGUUCUCCUCCGUGAGAUGCAAAUGAAGGAUGGUAUACGUCCCAAUAAGGUAUCACUUGUUAGUGUGCUUCCAGCUUGUGGCUUGCUUGCUGGAUUAAUAGGAGGGAAACAAGUACAUGGGUUUUCUAUUAAAAUGGAGUUAAAUGGUGAUGUUUCCCUAUGCAAUGCUUUAAUUGACAUGUAUUCAAAAUGUGGGAGUUUGGAUUAUGCAAGACGAGCCUUUGAAACUGGUUCUUACUUCAAAGAUGCUGUCACUUGGAGUUCAAUGAUCUCUGCAUAUGGAUUACAUGGGAAAGGAGAGGAGGCUGUAAUUACGUAUUACCAAAUGCUUCAGCAUGGGUUCAAACCAGACAUGAUAACAGUGGUGGGUGUUCUUUCUGCUUGUAGCAAGUCGGGAUUGGUAGAUGAAGGCAUUAGUAUAUAUAAGUCACUGAUGACUGAAUAUGAAAUAAAACCAACUGUUGAAAUUUGUGCUUGUGUUGUUGAUAUGUUAAGUCGAUCAGGCCAGCUUGAUCAAGCCUUGGAAUUCAUCAAAGAAAUGCCUUUAGAUCCUGGUCCAAGUGUUUGGGGAUCACUUUUAACUGCCUCAGUAAUGCAUGGGAAUUCAAGGACUAGAGACCUGGCUUAUAGGCAUCUCUUAGAACUGGAACCUGAAAACCCUUCAAAUUAUAUCUCACUUUCAAAUACAUAUGCUUCCGAUAGAAGAUGGGAUGUCGUGACUGAGGUGAGAACAAUGAUGAAAGAAAGAGGUUUAAGAAAAGUUCCAGGUUGCAGUUGGAUAACUAUUAGUGGCAAGACUCAUUCUUUUUCUGUUGCUGACAAAGCACAUCCUUCGUCUAGUUUAAUCUACGAAAUGCUUGAUGACCUUGUAUCAAUAAUGACAGACGGUUGUGGAGAUAUUGAUAUCCUGACCUAAAUCUCCUGGUACUGAUGUGUUCAAAAUCUUGAAGUGAAAACUGGCCUGCCAUGUAACUCAGCUAACUUUGAAGCCAUUUGUUUCGCCAUCGUUCGAGGCUCAAAAGUAGAUAUGCUGUUCAUUAUUUGAAUGUGAAAAAUGGUAGAAAAGUCCCAGCUUAUUGGUUGUUUUUAGUAAAUAUGGUUAACUUAAUGGAGGCAUUAGUGUCUUUGAGGUUUGAACAUGGUGAGUGCAAUCCCCGUCUCCCUGUGACAAUGAGCAACUAAUCACUGUGUAGAUGAGAUGCUUGGAGGUUCACAUGUAGCCUAGCAUCAUGAAGAAGAAAUGGAGAGGGGGAAAAUCUCUAAUUAUAGGAAACUAUAGGAACCCAUACCCUAAAAAGAAAAGGGGGGAAAUCUACAGGGACCAAAAUAUUAUUUAAACCAUUUCAUCCAAAUCAAGCCUCAUUACUUCAUGGGUAUCAAAAGCAUAUAAAGCUAGCUUCCCAGUACCCACAAGAAUGGGAUAAUAGGGAUCUGCAUGGAGCUCACAUUCCGAUUUACAACCUUACAGUGAAGAUCUCCAUUUCAAAUGUAAUAGCAUUAGCACUAGAAGAGUUGAUUCGACAAUUCAUGCCGCCAUCGAAUACAAAUGAUGAAUCAUCAAUUUCAAAUUCUUUUGCUUUCAAGGAUUGCUACUUGCUAGCUUGAAUUCUUUCUUGGAUAGUUUGCCAUAAUUAUCGGGGUGAAAGAUAAUUCUUUUCAAACAAGUACAGGAUGGAAUGGUGGUUUAGGAGGAAUAAAUUAUAGUCAUAGGAUAUACAAUUGUAUAUCCGCUGGAGCACUACUGCUUCGUCAACUUUGGUCUCUUUUGUUUUAAGAAUCGUUACCAACACUAUUGUUUGAUGAAAUUUAUUGAAAAUCAUAAUUUUAUAA